AUGGGUCCUGAAAAUGGCUCUUCCGUGACUGAAUUCAUUCUGGUGGGGUUAACAGACCAAGAAAAGCUACAACUCCCGCUGUUCUUCCUGUUUCUAGUGAUGUAUAUUAUCACUCUGAUGGGAAACUUGGGCUUAGUAGCUCUAAUUGUGCUGAAUUCACACCUUCACACCCCCAUGUACUUUUUCCUCUUCAACUUGUCUGUCAUAGACCUCUGUUAUUCUUCUGUGUUUACACCUAAAAUGUUGAUGCACUUCAUAUCAGAAAAGAAUACUGUCUCCUACACUGGAUGCAUGUGCCAGCUCUUCUUUUUCUGUUUCUUUGCAAUUUCUGAAUGCUAUGUGCUGACAUCCAUGGCCUAUGAUCGCUAUGUGGCCAUCUGUAAUCCACUUUUGUAUAACAUCACCAUGUCUCCCCAAGUGUGUUUCAGCCUUAUGCUUGGUUCAUACUUGCUGUCCUUUUCUGGUGCCAUGGCCCACAUGGGAUGCAUGCUGAAGCUGAUCUUCUGUGAUGCAAAUACCAUCAACCACUAUUUCUGUGACAUCCUCCCACUGCUCCAGCUCUCCUGCACCAGCACCUAUGUCAAUGAGCUUGUGGUUCUCAUUGUGGUGGGCAUCAACCUAAUUGUGCCCAGUGUCACCAUCUUUAUCUCUUAUGGUUUCAUUCUUUCCAACAACCUUCAAAUCAGCUCCAAGGACGGCAGGUCCAAAGCCUUCAGCACCUGCAGCUCUCACAUAAUUGCUGUUUCUCUGUUCUUUGGGUCAAGUGCAUUUGUGUAUUUCAAGCCUUCUUCUGUGGAAUACAUGAAUGAGGGAAAAAUCUCUUCUGUUUUUUUAUACCAAUACAGUUCCUUUGAUGAACCCCUUAAUCUACAGCUUGAGGAACAAAGAUGUUCAACUUGCUCUGAGAAAAACCCUUAG